AUGAAGAAACACAUUACAACAAUUAUCGCAGUUGGAAUUGCUCUUCAGUUUGCUUAUUUUUCAUCUUCUGCAGGCACAUCGAUUCGUUUCGAAGAUCGAUCUAAGAGACAGCAACUGCUCGAUUCUCCAUAUGUUGCAUCAAUUCGAAUCGAUGAAGUCAUGGCACAUCUUAAUGAGUUACAACGCAUUGCUAAUGCUGCAAAUGGAACUCGAGCGUUCAAUACGCCAGGAUUCAAUCAUACGCUCGACUAUUUGACAAACUAUCUAUCAGCUAAUACAGAUUUCAAGAUUACGAAAAGCAUUUUUCCUGUGAGAUAUUUCGCUCUCGAAAACGAUCCCAUUUUACUUUCAUCCAUCAAUGGCAAAGUUACUAAUCAUACAUACUCGAAGAAUCACUCCCUAUCCGAAUUUCUCGAAGUUGCAUUCUCGACAUCGAUCAAUUUCUCUAAUUUCGUCCCACUUACUGCUAUUCCCAACGUCGGCUGUUCGGAUUCCGAUUGGCUUGCAGCAAAUCCACCAGCUACUGGUCGAGUAGCAUUGGUCAAACGGGGUGGAUGUGCCUUCACUGAUAAAGGUGCACUUGCAGCGAAGUACAAUGUAUCUGGUCUUCUCUUUUACAAUGAUGGCGCAUCGCCCGAUCGCAUGUCACCCAUUUUCGAGAGUCUCGGACAAAAUAAUGCUCUACCAGCAUUUUUUCUCUCGUUUAAUCUCGGUGAAAGUUUGGCAAAUGCAGCUCGAAAUCCAUCAAGUAACGCUAGUAUUAUCUUUAAUAUCUCUGUAGUUGAUGAAAAACCAAUACCAGUCGGCAACAUUUGUGCUGAUACUCCUACAGGUGAUCCCACUCAGACGAUCGUGAUCGGAAGUCAUACCGAUAGUGUCUUAGCUGGACCCGGCAUUAAUGAUAAUGGUGAGUACGAAAUAUUCCAAUGUUUCUGGCAUCAUCCGAAAACGCAUACAGUUAAUGAUGUGCGAUUUCCACCAUUCGAUGAUCAUAACCAACCACGUAAAACCAAACGAUAA